AUCCAGGGGAGUGAAGUUGUAUUCGCAUUGCGAUUGACUGACGGAAAAUUUAGUACGCAAUGGCUGUGUUGAUAAACAUUGCGUUUUUCUCCACAUUCUGCUCGAUAUUUCUCACUUUCUUGCUUCGUAUCCAUGGGAUUGAAGGGGCCCAGAUUAGUAGCAAAGACAGAGACUCCGUCUCCAUCAAUCACAACACGUACAAUCCCCUCAGUCCCCUGGUAAAGUGUUCAUUUUUACCUCGAGACUUCAUUGACUGUGAAGCGCCCCAAUUGCGGGGCAAUAACACUUACGGAUGCUCCAAGUUCGGCGGAGUGUACUUCGAGGAUGUGGAGAAGACAUCUGUGAGGUGUACAGUACUUCCGGAGAUUGAGUGCUAUGGAGAGAGAACCUUCAUGAGGGAUGGAGUCCCUUGCAUCAAAUACACUGACCACUACUUCGUCACCACGCUCAUCUACAGCCUCCUGCUGGGCUUCCUGGGCAUGGAUCGCUUCUGCUUGGGUCAGACAGGGACAGCCGUUGGCAAACUUCUCACCCUGGGAGGCCUUGGUAUCUGGUGGAUUGUUGACAUCAUCCUCCUGGUAACAAAUAACCUCCUUCCGGAAGACGGAAGUAACUGGGUGCCCCAAGUGUGAAAAAACCCUCAUAAAGUCCCCAUUCACUCAUUUCUUGUAUAUGAAGAUUCUCUAUAUUUUUUUUCUACUCUCUGCAGAUUGCUUAAUUUUAAGAAAAUACUUUUUGCACUUGUUACAAACUUUUAGCUAAAAAUUAAGAGAAUAUUUAAAAAAAAAAAAAUGUCCACUCUGAAGAAUUAAUUUUUCAAAAAACGCAGAACGUUAGAAGAACUUAUUUACAAAUAUUUUUCUGGCUAUUAUGCUUUUUCACUUUUUUUUUUGUUAAAUUUAUAUUCACUUUUUUUUUCUUUGUACUGUUAUCGCAACAAACAGAUUUGUUUUAGAAUCAAUCCACAGUCGUUUGACGAGAAUUGAAGUAGAUAACUUGAAGGUAUCUGCAAUCAAUUAAAAUUCUUGUAAUGAUACUUGAUAGGGUUAGGCCUCGAUAAGACAGUGAUUCUAGAUUUAAUUUCUUUGUAUAGAUACAAAAGAAAAAUGUACAGAAAGUAUUUAUUAAAAAAAAGACUGUUAAAAAA